AAAAUACAAUUUAUUUAUUUUACAAUAAAUUUGUAUGUUAAUCGUGCAUAAAGUUUUAUAUGCAUUUAGGGCAUAACUGGUUUUUAUGAGCCUAUGGCUCUUUUAUAGCCCUCGCUAACGCUCGGGCUCCAAAUAGAGCCUCGGGUCAUAAAAAUCUUUUUAUGCCCUUAAUACAUAAAUAACUAUUAUACAUAAUACAGAAUUUAAUUUAUACACAUUAUUAUAAUUUCGUACAUAAUAUAAUUGAAAAAUCCUUUUAGCUACGAUCUCAAACAUGGAAUAUGGUAAAAGUGCACGUAUUUUGCGCAUGGUAAUUGAUAAUAAUGUUUUGAAAAAUGAGGUUAUUGGCACGAAAACUGAAGCAACUAUAAAUUUACCUAACAAUCAAUCCCCUAAUAAAGAAAAUAUUAUUCCAAUAAAUGAAGCAAUUUCUAAUGACACAAUAACUAUGGAAGUUCUGGAUAGUUCAUUCUCUUAUAAUAUUGAGCCUUAUGAUGAGACAGCUAUUCCUAAUCAGGCUAUAGUACAAGGCCAUCAAGAGUCAAGCCUAAAAGAUAAUGGCACAAUGAUUUACAAUGAGAAUGAAAACGAAAAAAUGCCCCUAGGUACUUACAACAUUGAGAAUUUUGUUAGGGUAGUAAAAAGUGUUAUACUGUAUUUAAUUUUUUUAGAGCAACUACUCCCAUUACCCCCUCCCGCUUCAAGUAGUUCUUCAUCAUCUUCUAGCUCCUCUUCCUCAGAUACCUCAGAUUCGUCGUCAUCUGAAGAUGAAAAUGAGCAGCCACAAAAUAGUUUAACGGUUUCCGAAAUACGUAAAGAUGAACCCGAUCAAGACCUACAAAGUGACCCUUACGAUACUGAUGAUAGUGUUCAAGACCCUCUAUUUGAAAGAUCAACCUUGUCAAGUUCUUCAGAAGAAUCAGAGGUGGACGAAAGCAAUCUCCAGCCCAGUAAAAAAAAAAAAGUUAGUUAACCGAAGUGAAAAUAAUAAUAAAACUUGUAAAAAAAAUAAAAGAAGACCGGACAUGUGGCAAAAAAAUCAGGCAAAAAUUCUAAGAAAUAAAGGAGAAU